GAGUGGGGUUGGUAAUAUAAUAUUGAUUGAUUGAUUGAUUCCAUCCAUUUGAGGAGGGGUAGGUAGCCUCAGUGUCAGUGGUACUGUGCCCGUGCCACUUCAGUCCCCGUUGAUACGGGUAUGGGGGAAGGGUUUUGGCGAGGCAACGAAAGGAAAAGAAGAAAGGAAAAUAAUACACUUCGAGCUCAUCUAUUUGCCCCGUACCACUCAACCCCCCGUAUGAUCAAAUCAUGACUAGGUCAGUAAAACCUGGAUGUCUUAGCGAUUGGGUGUAGAAAAAGCGGUGGUUGGGAUCUCGGCCGCAUGCGAGGAGGCUGGGAUUCAAGACAAGACAGAGACCGACUCAUGCACCUCACCACAUCAUGCGAGCUUCCCUUCCCCUCCAUUCCUCGUCUCUCUAAGUUUCUUCAUCUGAGUCGUUUGUCGCAUUCUUUUCCCUCUAUCCGCUAUUGUGUGUCAAACAUCAGAAAUCGCAUUCCUUCGUUUUUUAUAUUCGCUUUUUUUGGCUGCCGCAGCCUUAUCAGCUUAUCGGGCGACCUAUUUACAGGACUAUCCGAUUAGAUAACGAGCAAAGGCGUCCUCGUUGCCAUCUUGACCAACACGUCGUUCCUCGCGAUCGGGGGUUGGUUGCCCGGUUAAAAGAGUCUAGAGGCUGGUCUUAUCGCCUCGUUCCUUCGCUAUGCAUAUCCGCCAUGUGUUACGACCGGCAAUACCAAUCCUCGCCUUCUUAACUCGUUUCGCUCUCUCGGAGGCUCCGCUCGCAGACUCCGAACUCGCCAGCAACGAUACCGGAGUCGAAAAGCGCUGCGAAAAUCCCUGUGGCUUUUAUCACCAGGUCUGCUGUGAAGCGGGCGAAAAAUGCACCACGAACGGCAACGGCCAAGCAGUGUGCUCAGGAGGUAGCGGUGGCGGCGGCGGCGGCGGCGGCGGUGGAGGAGGAACCUGGAAGGUCUACACGACAACCAUCGUUGCAACAGAGACAGACACGUCGACGAUUACGUCUACCUGGAGCAGCUUCAUCCCGGACGAGACUGGCGGCGCAGGAGGAUCCGGGAAAUGCGACUCAGAACUGGGCGAGUCACUAUGCGGGAACACCUGCUGCGGCGCGGCAUACGUCUGCCACAAGGACCAAUGCGUCGUGGGAAGCUCCUCGAUAUGGGCGACCGCAACAGCCACUCCUCCAGUCCGAGGAACGAGUGAUUCCACCGUUACCCAAACCGCGACAACCACGCGGGGUUUCGACGCCCCCGUCGGCACCGACGGCGCCCCGUUGCUGGAAGCGACUGAGCCCCAUCAUGGCCUCAGCGGCGGAGCCAUCGCGGGCAUCGUGGUGGGAGUCAUCGCCGGCGUCUUCCUCCUGUUUCUCGUUUGCGCUUGCCUGUGCUGUCGCGGCGUGAUUGAAGCCCUGGCCGCCUGUCUUGGCCUGGGUAAGCGGAAGAGAAAGGAUUCGUACGUGGACGAACACGGACACCACCAUGCCCACUAUGCGCAUGGUAGCCGGCCCGAAGGGCGAACCUGGUUCGGCGCUCGACCGCACGCGCAUGAGUCGGGCGAGAAAAAAUCGAAAUGGGGAGGCUGGGCGACUAUCGGGAUUAUCUUGGGGGCGCUUGCGCUUUGCUUGGGUCUCAAGAGGCGCCAGCAUCACGACGAGAAAAGCACCGAUUACACUUACCCCAGCACUUAUUACACCUACUCUGACUAUACCAGCGCAAGUACGUGUUACCCCCUCCCCUGGCUCCUCAUGAAUCGUGUUCAUCCCAUGCUAAUCAAUUGAGUUGAUAGGUAGUAGCGAAAGUUCGGACCGACGAACGAGAGACACGAGACGAUCACGACGAUCCCGCACGCGCUCACGGCGUUCAUGAUAUGAUGAUUGAUGGAGUUUACCAUAUGAAGCAACGAGACCUGAUCUUCAUGAUAAAAUCCUCGAUUCUGCGUCCUUUUUACCCCUUCUUAUUUUCCUUGAACCCGAAUGCCCAUGGGUUAGCGCUAUUCUGGCGCCGUUUAUAUUGAUGAUGUAUUACAACCUGUCCGCUUUGCUGAAUCCCUUUUGACUUACCUGUUGUAUGAUGACAUUUAUGCACUGACGCGCUAAUGACUUUCCGUUCCCACUGCUGUCUUCUCGUUCACCUUUUUAUCACUUUAUGUUCUUGAUAUAUGUUCCCAGAAGGUUGGACGAAAGACUGAAGAAACGAUGUAUGUAAAUAUGAGUUAUGAUGAAUCCAAUGAAAUAUCAUGUCCCACAAUUUGAGAUUUGUACAAGAGUUGCGUAGAAGUUGUUCUCAGCCUUCACGGCAGUGCAG